UUCAUCCAACAAGCACGGACCGAAGCUUCCACGUUCCGCCACCAAGAGGCAAAGGGAAAAACAAGGUCACAUGUUUGACGCGAGAGCGGGCAAACUUGUGUAAACUAUGUCUUUGCUCUAUAUAACUCUUCGCUCUGCCACUUUUCUACUCUAGACCACUGCUACUGCGACCUAUAUUCAUUGUGCUUAACGCCAGAGACAAUUGUCGCACUCCUGCAGUCUUUCUUCAUUAUCUCUCCUCUCUCACUGUCUCCAUGUCGGGCCCACCGCUCCCGCGGAUACCCCAGGACGGACACACGAUGCCAUACCAGCCACCACAUUCUGUGGACGCAAACGGCGUGCCUCUCCAACAGUACCAGUUCCAGACUGGUGCUCUCCACUCUCACUAUAACCAACAGCAAAGCGGCAACCACUACGCAAAUAUCCAGUGGACUUCCCCCCACGCUCCUUAUCCCCAAUCCAACGCUCCUUCGAACACAUACCAACAGUUAUCACAGACCACUCCCACUUCAGCUCAUCCUCGAUAUGCCGCACCCCCUCAACUCCAAACUCCUCAACAGGUCUACCAAACACAGCAGCCUAUGCAGUCGUACCCCGCCUACGGAUUUCAAGGUCAAGCUCCACAAUCCAACUGGCAAGUCACACCUCAUCCCCAACAGCAAAUAUACCGCGGUGGGGGCGUCCCCCAGAUGAACAAUACUCCUCGCAACUUCCGUCAUCAAGUGCCCCAGCAGUUUUUUGGUGCACCCAAUCAUACGAUGGCGCCUGGUAGUAACAAUGUUUUGACCGGGGAGCGGAUUGAAGGGCAGGGUCAAUACGGUGGUCUGUCAGCCAAGGCCGCUGGUAAACGGAAGGCCGUCGACUACGACGAUGCAAGCAGCUUAGGCGAAUCGUCUUCGGGGCCGGUGAAGCGCGCCAGGCCGAACGCGGGUAGUCGACAAGUGUACAUGCCUCCGCCGCCCGUUCCCCAACCUGGAUUCAGUGCAACUGGUCGUAUGCGCGCGCCACCCGCCGUCACCGGGCCAUCCAACGGCCAAUCCAUUGUGAUGACGGGGAUGCAAUUCAACCAAGGCGUCCAGUCCGAAGCAUCAGGGGUGCAGGCCAAUCAAUACAUGACCUUUCCUCAAAAUGGAGGUGGUAAUACUCCGUCUGCGCAGAACCCGGAGCACUACUAUAAUCAAAAUCGUGCCUCAACUCACGUCAGGCAUGCGCCUAAUGGCGCAAAUGGUUCAUCGCAAACGAUGUACCGGUACUCUCAAGACCCGUCGGCCGUUGGUCAGUACAAUAAUCGAGGCCAAUACAAUUUGGCAUUCAAAAACAACGUGAUGGCUUCUAUCGCAUCGUUGUUUCGAAACAGUGUCGUCGUGACGUUUUUACGAGGACAAUCCCUGCUAAAGUUUACCGAAAGGAUUCGCGGUAACUUUCCCCCCGUUUGCAGAUGGUUUCUUACCAGCGAAAGGGAAGUAUAUCUUCUCUGGAAUAUGCAUACCCAAAGGCCAGCUGCCUUUUUAUCCCCCACUGCUGCUUUGGUUGCUCGCCUUCAAUCUAGCAGUUUGACAGAAAUCACCUCCAACGAUGAGAAAAAGCGUACUGAGGAAAGGGUUGUUAUGGCCUUGAACGAGGUGCUCGACAGGCAAAAGAGGAUUGCCGCUUCAAAGCACUUUAUGGGACGGACGUCGUAUGCGCAGAACGGCCCAAACCGUUCGGUGGGAAACUUGCCCGGCCCUUCCGAGCAUUCCCUCCCUACGCCUGCACGCACUCCCGUCCAGCUAAAUGCCGCGACACAAGCACCACCUCCAGCUCCUGCCAUUGCAGUCGAAGUGAUGCGUCCGACAGACUCUCUACCCGCCGACGAGGCUUGGUUCACUCUUCCUGCACUGCCCGAAAGUCCCAGAACUCCAGACGAAGCACAGCCUGCGGCUCCUGCCCCUACGGUUGAAGAGACGUAUUCGACAGGUACUGUAUCCUUCGACGAUUUUUGGUCUACUCUUCCUCCGCUGCGUGAAAGUCCCAGAAUCCGAGACGAAGCACCGCCUCCAGCUCCUGUCCUUACAGUCGAAGAGACGUAUCCGACGGACACUGUACCCUUCGACGAUUUUUGGUCUGUUCUUCCACAGCUGCCUGAAAGUCCCAGAUCUCGAGACGAAGCACCGCCUCCAGGUCCUGUCAUUGGAGUCGAAGAGACGCGUCCGACGGACUCUCUAUCCACCGACGAGGCUUGGUCCACUCUUCCUUCACUGCCUGAAAGUCCCAGAACCCGAGACGGCGAACCAGGCGAGGAACUCGAGCUUCCUCCACUUCACCCCUCCCCCGUCGAUCAACCUGCCACUCUAGAUGAGAAACCGACCGACACUGCUGAAGACCAGGCGAAAACAGAGGAAGAACAAAGUGGUGGUACUUCGGAGGGGCCUCAGGCUGCUGUGAUCAUGGACAUGCCAUGGUUCACAGAGUUUUUUCCUUCGUUGAGCGAGGGGCAGGCAGGAACGUCUACUUCGAAGACGUCUGGAGGAGAUCAGUCUAAGACUGACGGUGACGGAAGGGCAGAGGAUUUGGAGUACGAGCGUGUCUUCAAAGAGUUUAUGGUGAACGACGAGGACGAGGAUGAGAACGGGAACGGGAACGAGAAAGAGGACCGGGAGCAGGAUCAGGACGAUGGCCUUACAAGUCUGUUUGGGUCGCCGUUGUUGUCGACGAAAGAUGGGUCACUGUCGUUGCCAAAGUAGGAGGCUGACGAUGCAGGAAUCAAGCUUAAGGGUUCCAUUUGAUGUGUUGUUAUUGUGUUAUCUUGUUGUUAUAUUUCUUGUUGUAUAUCCUUUGUCCGCUACU